UUUAUAGAGAUCUUUUUGUUGAAAAAUCGUUUCUUUGGCGACUCACAUGGCAAAGGAGACGGAUUUCUUUUCACACACAGUCCCCUCUGCUUCCGAGGUUCUUGAAGAGCUUAAAGAGCUGUGGGGCAUGGCUUUACCUAUAACAGCCAUGAACUGGUUAGUCUUUGUUAGAGCAGUGGUAUCGGUUCUGUUCUUAGGUAGACUUGGAAGCCUAGAACUAGCCGGAGGAGCUCUGUCCAUAGGUUUCACCAACAUCACUGGCUACUCGGUGCUUGUUGGUCUUGCCUCAGGGCUCGAGCCAGUGUGUAGCCAAGCCUAUGGAAGCAAGAACUGGGAGUUAUUAUCUAUCUCCCUCCAACGCAUGAUCAUCAUACUGUUUCUGGCAACCAUACCAAUCAGCAUGUUAUGGGUGAAUCUCAGCAGCAUUAUGGUGUUCAUGGGACAAGACAAAGAUAUCACAGCAAUGGCAGCAACUUACUGUAUGUAUUCUCUGCCGGAUCUUUUGACAAACACUCUGUUACAGCCGUUGAGAGUGUUUUUAAGGUCACAGGGGGUGACCAAGCCUAUGAUGUGGUGCUCCUUUGUGGCUGUGGUUUUCCACCUGCCCCUCAACUAUCUGUUGGUUAUGGUCAUGGGGCUGGGUGUACCGGGCGUGGCAAUGGCGUCCGUGGUUACGAACAUGAACAUGGUGGUGCUGAUGGUGGUGUACGUGUGGGUUAGUGGGCGGUGCGAGAUGAGAUGGACGGCGGGUAUUGGAGGGGUGUGUGGUGGGGUGGUCCCACUCUUGAGAUUGGCAGUGCCCAGUUGUCUUGGGAUUUGCUUGGAAUGGUGGUGGUAUGAGAUAGUGACUUUGAUGGCUGGUUACCUGUCGAAUCCAACACUCGCUGUGGCUGCCACUGGGAUCCUGAUUCAAACCACCAGCAUGAUGUACACUGUUCCCAUGGCUCUUGCUGGAUGCGUCUCUGCCCGUGUAGGGAACGAACUUGGAGCCGGAAAGCCAUACAAAGCCAAGCUAGCGGCCAUGGUGUCACUAGGAUGUGCAUUUGUGAUUGGCAUGAUCAACGUGGCUUGGACGGUGAUCCUUAGAGAAAAAUGGGCCAGUUUGUUCACCAAUGAUGAUCUGGUCAAACCAUUGGUCGCAACAGUCCUGCCGAUCAUAGGGUUGUGUGAGCUAGGUAACUGCCCUCAAACGACUGGUUGCGGUAUCCUACGCGGCACAGCAAGGCCCGCGGUUGGUGCCCGAAUAAACCUCGGCUCAUUUUACUUCGUGGGCACUCCAGUGGCCGUGGGCCUAGCCUUUUUGCUAAACGUGGGGUUCCCCGGGCUUUGGUUCGGACUAUUGUUUGCCCAGGUUGCUUGUGUCGUGUCGAUACUGUACGCCGUGCUCCGCACUACAGAUUGGGAAGCUGAGGCAUUGAAAGCAAAGAAGUUAACCAGCAUCGAAAUGAGCCGAUGCAUGGAUGGACAAAAUGAUGAAGACGAGAGUCGAGAGCUGUUGGGUAACGGAAAUGAUAAACUGGAUGACGUUUUGUGAAGAGAAACAAAUGGACAAAGGGUCGUGGGGUUUGGCUUAUGGGAUAUGUGCUGCAUUAUGGGGUACUGCUUUGUUUUUAUUGUCCAGUUGCUUUUCGGUAAGGUAGCUGACUCAUGUUUUGCUUUUCUUGUUUGGUGUUUGCUUUUAUUUGGCUUUCGGGGUUUAGUCAUUUGGGAACCUAUUCUUGGGGUUGUAAUGGGGUUUGUCUUGUUGGCACAAGGAAUGUCACUCCCCAUACAAAAUGUUUAAAUAUUCUA